AUGUCGGAAUAUAGCAUAAAGUGCGUUUGUUCAAUUGUAGCCGUUGGAUUCUUGUGGGGAGCUACUAACCCACUUCUAAGAUUGGCUUCGAAAGAACGAGACAAAAAUGUAGUUCCGACCGAUAAUGAGAGCUUGUUGAAAUUAAUUCACAAUUUCUUCAAGGCAUUUCUUAACUGGAGAUUUUCUAUUCCGUUUGCCCUCAAUCAGUGUGGAUCGAUUAUGUUCAAUGCCCUAAUUGUUCAUUUCCCUGUAACAGUCGUUGUUCCCUGUGUUAAUGCAAUUCAGUUUAUUGCAACUGUGGUAGUUGGAAGAAUGAUGGGAGAGCAUAUGCAAUCAUCCUCGAUGAAACAAAAAGUUGGAAUGAUCUUGGCUGUGUCUUCAAUUAUCGGAAUGCUUAUCUAUAAAUGA